UCCUCAUCCCCAUCUCUCUCGAUCUCACUCUCACUCCUUGCAAACAGCGUCAACCCUUGAAGCCACAGAGUUAAUCCUCCGCUAGUUUUUAUUACUUUACCACUCUUUAGUCUGCCUCUUCCUCUUACUCUUCCUCUCCCUGCACGAACUUGUCCGGACCGCCACCUCGUGCUUUUAUUCCCGCCAGCCAUGGAGCAGUAAAAAGCCGCGCCGCGCUCGGCGCACCGCGAGGCUCGACUCCUCCAUCUCCUCUGUGUCCGCCUCCUGUCUCCUCAUCGUCCAGCUGCAGCUGGAGACAUGCCCGCGGCAGGAUGUGCUCCAGUCGCAAAAUCCUAUGGAGCCUGCUCUUGCUGUCCGUGGUGGAGGUUGGCUUGGGUGUGGCGAGCAUCGUGCUGGGAGCCGUUGGCAUCAGCAGGGUCCGGGGCGAACACAAGCCGCAGCAGGGCGACGCGUCCCCCGUCUGGAGCGGACUUUGUUUUCUGGUCUGUGGGAUGUGUGGAGUGCUGUGUGCUCGAAAGAGGACAGGUCUUAUUAUGAUCCUAUUUUCAGCAUGCUGCAUCUGUGGUCUGAUUGGUGGGAUUCUGAAUUUCCAGUUUGUUCGGGCGAUGAACAAGCGACCAGACACGAUGCACUCAAUCCACCUGGCUGCCAUGACUCUCGCCUGUCUGGGGAUCUCAUCAUGUACCUUAUCCACGUGGCUGACCUGUCGCCUGGCCAGCUCUGAGCAGCAGAGGAUGUUUCUGGAGAGGGAACACUCACUGCAUCACUCCCACGAGAUGACUGAGAAGUGUGCUUGUGUGUCCUCGCAACAGGAGAUCCUGGACAACUCCAGCAAUGGCAUUUCUCAGAUCUCCUACAACGGACACGCUGCAGCAUCACCAUGAUGCCAUACCACCAAAGACGAGAAGUGCACACUGAAACAGAGACCGUGGCAAUGAACUGGUUGCUGUCAAUAUUCAAAUGUAGCAUGACCACUCGCCUACAGUCCUGGGACGCACACUCUGUGUGCAUGAAGGGAACUUUCUAUAGCUUGACAGCAAGCGGGAGCUGUUUGUGCUUCUGACUACUUAUGCAAACAUGGGUUCAAACGUUCUCAUUUCAACUUAAACCAAAGCCAGGAUGGAGGGCCACCACUUGGGUUACCAUUCAGUUGACAAACAUCUGCUUGACGUCAUCUGAAUUUUGAGGUAAACAAGCAGGAAGGAAAGAUUUAAUGCAAUGCAGUGUUGACAAUACACCAAGCAUGCAGCGGAUUUACUUACUUUAAAGAGACAGCGUCCUUAAUGUCCUUAUUGUCUGUCUUGUUAUCAGUUCAUGGAAUGCACAUGAUGAGUUAGCCUUAAGUAAAUUGUGUGUCUCUUCUGAUAAAGGAAUGCUUUGGCAUGAAAAUACAGUGAUGCCCAAUGUACUGAACUGUAUAUCCAUGCUUGUAUAUCAGGAAUCUAGUCCGAUAUCUAUAAAUGAGAUAUUUUUUUAUAAAUGCUUCUUAUAAAAGUAAAUUCAAAUAAAGUGUCACCAAUCUGA